AUGCAAUUCCAAUCCGUUGUCGCCGUCGCUCUAGCUGCCACCGCUGUUUCAGCCCAAGCUGUCUCUAACGCUACUGUCUCUAACAGUACUACCGUUUCCAACUCCACUUCCAACACUACUUCCAACUCCACCAACGGUACUAAGAGCUCUUCUUCUAAGAUCUCCACCGGUGCCGCUGUUGCUAACUCCAUGAAUGUUGGUACUCUAGGUGCUGCUGUCGCCGCUGGUAUCGCUUUCUUAUUAUAA